ACUCUUUCUCUUAAGGUCCACAUUCUCUCUUCAUUUUUUCCGUUUAACCAAUGGCAAAUGUAGCAUUAACCUUUCUCUCUCUCUUCUUCCUCUAUCUUUCACUGCACCUCGCCGUCUCCGCCGAUUCGCCACCGUCUCCCUCUCCCUCUCCCUCACCCUCACCCGCCGAGUCUCCUUCUCCUUCUCCUUCUGUGGUCCAUGCUCCGAACCCUUCCCCCGCCAGUUCACCCCUAGGUCCAUCGUCUCCGCCGGCGCCUUCUCCGGAGAAUCGGAGUCCUGCUCCUUCGCCGGCGGACAGUAGCUCAAUCAACCACGCCGCGGAGGACGACAGAGGAGAGAAUCCUUCUGGAGGAGGAAUGAGCGGGGGCAAGAAGGCAGGGAUAGCGAUGGGAGUAAUCGUGGCUGCGAGCGUGAUUGUAUUGGCAGUGACGGUGUACAAGAAGCGGCAGCAAAAUAUACGGCGCUCUCAGUAUGCAUCCGCCGUGAGGAGAGAAUUUCUGUAAACAUUUGUAUCCACCUUUGUAUACUCCUCAAUACUCUUUCAACUUUAUACUGUCAUAUUCUUUGUUUCUCGCUUCCUAAACU